AUGCCCGCCCUCGAUAUCGAAGCUCCUCAAGUCUCGCCUCCGGAGGCGCCUUAUGUCGAAGGACCAAAGGUGAAGAAGCCAACUCGUCCGACGCAGGAAAUCCCCGACUUCAUCGUCGACGAGGCUCGCACGACGAAGCGUGUCCGUUGGAACGCGAAAGAGCACCUCGCCUUCGAGCCCCCCAAGAACAUCGUCACCAUGAAGGAAAUCGGCCUCGAGGGCCACGGCAUCUCGAAGAACGCUGUGUCAGACCCAUUCCCGCUCUUCACCAAAGACGCCAUGCUGCAGAUGCGGGCCGAGCUCUUUGAUGACUGGACGCUCGAGAACUGCCGAUUCGCGACGGAUUUGACGCCGAAUUUGAUACGAGGCCUGAAACCCGAGAUGGCUCCUUUCUGCUUCGAUGCUUGGCUAUCCCCGGAGGUCCUGAGAAUCGUGUCGGAGGUCGCCGGGGUUGAACUUGUGCCCGCCUUUGACUACGAGAUUGCGAACGUCAACAUCUCGAUCAACGACCAGAACAUCCCGACGGUGGGUUCGGGCGACCAGACAUCCUCAGUCGGUUGGCACUACGACAGCUACCCGUUUGUUUGUGUGACCAUGGCCUCCGACUGCACCGGCAUGGUGGGUGGUGAGACAGCGAUCCAGCUGCCAGGCGGAGAGAUUAAAAAGGUCAGAGGGCCGGCUAUGGGUACUGCCGUUGUGAUGCAGGGUCGGUACAUCCGGCAUCAGGCUCUGAAGGCCUUUGGUGGACGUGAGCGCAUCGCCAUGGUUACUGCGUUCAGACCGAAGUCACCUUUUGUUAGAGACGAGUCUAUCCUCACCGGCGUCCGACCUAUCAGUUACACGAGCGACUUAUAUACUCAGUACACUGAAUACCGACUGGAAAAUCUUGAGGAGCGCAUCCGAGGUAAACUCAGGGAAGAGCGCCGCCGAGAAGUGGAGAAACGCCCCUACAACAUCGCCAAAACGAGGCAGUUCUUGCAAGAGCAGAUAAACUACUUGCAGUCCAUGAUGGGCCAGAUCAUCGAGCUGGAGUCUUAG